AUGUCCCGUGAGCAGAAGGCAGUGGAUCGUGCCAGGAAAGCUUUCCUCACCGGGAGGUCGAAGCCCUUAGAACACCGGAUCCGCCAGCUGAAGAACCUCCAGAGAUUCCUCUUGGAGAGAGAGAAGGAGAUAGCUGAGGCCAUCAAGAAAGACCUGAACAAGGUAGAGAGACAAACAGACAGACAGACAGAGCGUGAGUGAGAGAGGAGUGUGUGUGUGUGUGUGUGUGUGUGUGUGUGUGUGUGUGUGUGUGUGUGUGUGUGUGUGUGUGUGUGUGUGUGUGUGUGUGUGUGUGUGUGCGUGCGAGUAUGUGCAGAAAUGUAUGUGUGUGUUUAUGACUGUGCAGUGUAUGUUUGUACACGCACAAGUGUGUCUGUAUGCAUGUAUCUAUCCUCAUCUUUCUCCAUAUCCAUCUUCUAUCCUCCAUUCAUCCAGAGUGAGGCAGGCACCCAGCUGUAUGAGACACUGGGCCUGGAAGGGGAGAUUAUCCUGGCAGUGAAGAAGCUGGCGGAGUGGGUUGCUCCCCGGCCUGUUGAGAAGAACCUCCUGACCAUCUCAGACACUGUCUACAUCCAGCCUGAACCACUGGGAGUGGUGCUCAUCAUAGGAGCAUGGAACUACCCCUGGGCCGUCACCAUACAGCCGCUUAUAGGGGCUAUCGCUGCAGGUAGGGAGGAGUGGGGGGGUUGGGUAGUGUGUGUGUGUGUGUGUGUGUGUGUGUGUGUGUGUGUGUGA